AUGCCUAUAUACGAGAAUUCCAGUUGGGAGACAGAGUAUGAUGAUGAGUAUGCUGAUAAUGAGACUGCAGCCCUGGAGGUUCAAGCCUUGCAGAAUGUAAGAGAGUCAGAGGAUGAAGGCGAAGAUAGCGAUGGUAGUGGCACCAGUUCCGAUUCCGAUGGUGAUAGCUCCAGUUCUGAUGAUGAAUCUACUGAAAGUCCUGAACAUCCUGACACAGGGGCUCCAAACAAUACAUCAGAGUCUGAGGAGAUUACUGUUAGAGGUUUAACUAGACUUAAGAAGCUGAAGAAAAAAUUUAAAGGCAAGAAACACGUGAUAGAGUUUGAUAAACUUGGUCGAUUUAAGGGGGAGUAUAAAUCUGAAAUUGCUAGUUACAUGGGUGUAUUGGAAUUGUCCAUUAAGGGAGUGAAGGUGCGUGAGAGCCACAAAUAUAACCACAGGACGGGAAGAGCAGGGUAUGCAGGGAUGUUGGAAAAAUUAAUUAAAGAAAAAGAGAUUCGUGAAGAUGAAAAUCCUUCACGGUCUUUACUGUGGAGGAAGGCACAUCAAAACAAAAAUGGAGAAUACGAUGACGAUGAUGUCAGGGAAAAGGCAGCACAUCUUGAAGAGUUUGAUAAGCAGCUGGAAGAUGGAACUUUGACGAAAAAACCAGGCACUGAUUCUAUCACACUUGUGUUUGGGGAAGAACAUGGUGGGCGUGUAAGAUGUGCAGGCAAGGGAGUGACUCCAACAACAUACUGGAACCUUCCAUGGAAAGGAGCGUCCAAGGAGCACAUUGAACUACAGAAACAACUGGAUGAUGAAAGACGCAGGAGCCAAAUGGAAAGAGAGAGGAAGGAUGAAGAAAUGAAGGAAAUGAAGGAAGCAAUGAAUGCGCAGGCAAAAAUGAUGAGCAACUUAGUGUCUCAGCUGAAAUCUCAAGGUGUAUUGAAAAAGAAAAAAACCAAGAGCAAAAAGGCACGGAAGUCUCCUAUUAGAGAGACGUCUCUUAUGCAUGAGUCCCCUGUUAGAAGCAAUUCUUCAACUGAAAGGCGGGAAUCUAAUACAAAUAGAAAGUACUCUGAAUCUCAACACGUAUCUCAGUCUACGACAUUGAAAGACAGUUCUGAACUCCAAAUGCCUGGAAAACACAAGCAAAAGUCUCUAGCAUCCGAGCAUCUGUCCCUUAAUUCUCCGGAAGAGUCUCAAUUGAAAGACAAAACUGAAGUUUCAACGAUUGGUGGUAAAUGCAAAUUGGCUCAUGCUUCACUGAGAAAUAUCAUUGCAUUGGGUAGCGUUCUUCCAUCAGUGCCAGGUCAGUUAGUACAUGGAGAUGAACUCAAGGAUGAUUGUGUCAGAGUGACGGUUGAAGAAUCGAUAUUCAAGAAUCAUUGUUUGCCAGUCCCAUCUACUCAUCUCAGAACAGUAGAGGAUGUUGAAAAAUCUGUUGUAGCUUGGCCUAAAGAGUUUGUGAUCUGUUGCUCUACUGGCCAGCCAUUUUCAGACCCUGAUGAACAUGAUGUCGACCCUGACGAACAUGAUGCCAACCCAAACACUAAGAAGAGAAAGAAGAAGAAACCUUCAAAUACAAAGAGUGGGGAACUGAAGUCUCGGAGAUCCAACAAGAGACUCAAGAUUGCAGCCUAA